UGGUGGCGGGCGGGCCCCGAGGCCUGGGACUUUAGGAGGUGAGCGGGCCGCGGGUCGGCCUGACGCUGCUUCAUCGCGGGAGGCUCAUGGCUGGCAUGGCGCUGGCGCGGGCCUGGAAGCAAAUGUCCUGGUUCUACUACCAGUAUCUGCUGGUCACCGCGCUCUACAUGCUGGAGCCCUGGGAGAGGACCGUGUUCAAUUCGAUGCUGGUUUCUGUUGUGGGGAUGGCACUGUAUACCGGCUAUGUCUUCAUGCCCCAGCACAUCAUGGCGAUAUUGCAUUACUUUGAAAUUGUACAGUGACGAAGAUGUGACCAGGAUCCAGAGGUUCCUGGGGAAGAUAACCUUGUGAAGUUGGAAUGAGACCUCAUCUGAUGUAAGAUGCUCUACGGAUGUCAACAUAACCAACCUUAUAAAUACAGAGACUAAAAUUCAUGAGUAGAACAGGAAAAUCAUCCUGACUCAUGUGUUGUGUCUUUUCUUUUUGAUUUUACAAGAGGCUCUUGUAUAGUAGCUUUUGUCUAUUUUAACAUUGUAGUCAUUUGUACUUUGAUAUCAGUAUUUUCUUAACCUUUGUGACUGUUUCAAUAUUAUUCAGUGAAAGCUUUUCUUAUUGUAACUUUGAGUACAUCUUAAUUGCCUUCUAUUUUUCAAACCCAAGGUCAUUAGUUGGGUUUAACUGUUCUUGCUAUUGUAUGGCAUAUACAUCUGCCUGGAUAUAUUUCUACUCUUGACCAAAGUUUUGUAAGAAACAAUACUGAAUUUGGGGAUGGGAGGGAGGAUACUUUGAGAAUCACUUACAAAAAGAUUUAUCUGCAAGCUUGAACUCAGGAGUAUGGUUUUAGCUCCCUA